CUCCCUGUCACCGGUGCCCCGGGACCUGGGGGGAGCCCGGCUCCCACCUUGGCUGGGCCGGGGCUGGAGAGCCGAGCCGCCCCCCAGUCCCAGCGCCAGCCGCCUGGCCCAGGGCAAUGCUGGGCUCCUGUCUCUCUCUGCAGUUUGCCUUGGGCGUGGCCCUGCUCAACAUCCGGAUCCCCAUGCUCCUGGGGGAGCUGGUGAACGUGGUGGCACGCUGCAGCCAGCAGCACCUUGGGAACUACCUGCAUCAGGUGCGCCGGCCUGCCCUCCGCCUGCUGCUGCUCUACAGCCUGCAGGGGCUGCUGACCUUCAGCUACAUUGUGCUGCUGGCACGGGUCGGGGAACAGGUAGCCGGCAGCAUGCGUAAGACCCUCUUCGCAUCCCUGCUGCGGCAGGACGUGGCGUUCUUUGAUGCCAACCGGACGGGGCAGCUGGUGAAUCGGCUCACGACCGACAUCCAGGAGUUCAAAUCCUCCUUCAAACUUGUCAUCUCCCAGGGCCUGCGCAGCGUCACACAGACUGUGGGCUGCUUCGCUUCACUCUACCUGCUCUCGCCCAAGCUGACCGGGCUCCUGCUGGUGGUGAUGCCCAGCCUGGUGGGCGCCGGUGCCCUGAUUGGCUCCAUCCUGCGCAGCUUGUCCCGCCAGGCCCAGGAACAGGUGGCCAAGGCCACAGGGGUGGCAGACGAGGCGCUGGGAAAUGUGCGGACCGUGCGGGCCUUUGCCAUGGAGGACACAGAGGUGGCCCUGUACUGUCAUGAGGUGGAUCGGUCGAGCCAGCUGAACGAGAAGCUGGGCGUGGGCAUUGCUGCCUUCCAAGGGCUGUCCAACAUGGUGCUGAACUGUAUCGUGCUGGGCACCAUCUUUGUGGGGGGCUCCCUCAUGGCUGGGGAAGAGCUCUCGCCUGGAGACCUCAUGUCCUUCAUGGUGGCUUCGCAGACAGUGCAAAGGUCCAUGGCCAACAUCUCCGUUCUGUUUGGACAGGUCGUGCGAGGCCUCAGCGCUGGAGCCCGUGUCUUUGAGUUCAUGACCUUGGAGCCCACCGUGUCCCUGUCUGGGGGGGACCAGAUCCCCAGCCACUCCCUGCUCGGCCACAUCUGCUUCCAGGACGUCUGCUUCAGUUACCCCACGCGCCCCGGCUGCCCAGUGCUACGGAACUUCAGCCUCACCCUGCCCCCUUGCAAGACAGUGGCCAUCGUGGGCGAGUCAGGAGGAGGGAAGUCGACGGUGGCGGCGCUGCUGGAGCGUUUCUAUGAGCCCACGCAGGGGGCCAUCACGCUGGACGGAUGUGAGCUCUGCACCCUGGACCCCUCAUGGCUACGGGGGCAGGUCAUUGGCUUCAUCAGCCAGGAGCCUGCGCUCUUUGGAACGACGAUCCUGGAGAACAUCCGCUUUGGAAAGCCCGACGCGUCCGAUGCCGAGGUCUAUGCCGCAGCCCAGCUGGCCAACGCCGACAGCUUCAUCCGCAGCUUCCCACAGGGCUAUGGCACCAUCGUGGGCGAGCGUGGCGUGAUGCUGUCGGGGGGCCAGAAGCAGCGCGUGGCCAUCGCCCGGGCCCUGCUCAAGAACCCGUCGGUGCUGAUCCUGGACGAGGCCACGAGUGCGCUGGACACGGAGUCGGAGCAGGCAGUGCAGGAGGCGCUAGAGCGGGCCAUGGCCGGCCGCACCGUGCUAGUCAUUGCCCACCGCCUCAGCACCAUCCAGUGCGCCGACCUCAUCGUGGUGCUGGCCCGCGGCUGCGUGGCUGAGGCUGGGACCCACGCAGAGCUGCUGCGCCGGGGUGGACUGUACGCUGAGCUCGUCCGCAGACAGGCCACGGAGCAGCCUUGAGCGGGGACGGGUCUGGCCGUGGCGGCUGCAGGGACUGAACCUGGCACCCACCUGGCUCCUUCCUGAGCUGUGCCGAGCCCACCGCAGACACUGGAUCUGUGCACCUACCUUGGCGCUGGGGCCCAGCCACGGCCCCCCCUUCUGCUCUGUCCCUGGGCUGGGACCAGCUCCAGCCCCCCUCUUCUGCUCUGCCCCUGUGCGGGGACCAGCUCCGGCCCCCUCCCCUGCCCUCAGGCGGGGCUCCCAGCCCCCCUCUUCUGCUCUGCCUCUGGGCUGGGAUCAGCUCCGGCCCCCUCCUCUGCCCUCAGGCGGGGCUCCCAGCCCCCCCUCUUCUGAUCUGCCUCUGGGCUGGGACCAGCUCCGGCCCCCUCCUCUACCUGGCAGGGGCUCCUGUUCUGCUCUGCUCCCAGGCUGGGCCUGGGUCUUGGCUGUGCCCCCCAUCCCCGACCCCUGGCAGGACCUGGCUGUGGCCGCAGGAAUGGGGUGGGUGCCCAGGUUCACGUGCCCCGUCCACCAAUAAAAGCCAAGUGCAGCUGUUGUCUGGGGCAGGGGGAGCCAGGCCCAACCAGCCUCACUUCAUUACCAUGGCGAUUGGCCUGUGAUCUCAUCUCGUCUGCGCCCCCCCGCCCUCCCAUGCCUGGAGUGGGCUCUGGACGUGCCCUUCAAGAGGUGAGGGCUUCCAGGGGGCUGGGGCUCUGACUCAGAUCCUCCCCCCCCCCCCCAGCGACUCACCCUGCUCGGGCUGUGCGAGAGCCCACGCAAGCAAGUAGUGGGCUGGGGCGCAAGGGGCCAAGCCCCCAGGGCUGGGGGGCUGGUUGGGGACCCAGGCCAAGCCCUUGGGUCUCAUGGCUCUGAGAAGCCGCCCUGAUGGGCUCAGCGAAGUCUCCAGGCCUAUCCGCUCUGAGGUCUUGUCCCGUGGGUUACGGAGCUCCCUGGGCCCCCUUGCCCCCUUCCCGGUAAUGAGCCUCCCCCCACGGGUUUGGGCCAGGACCCUGCGUACCUGCCCAGGGCACCUGGGCUUGGGGGGGGGGGGGCAAACCAGGGCACAGGGGCCAUUCUGCGUGUUUUGAGCUUCAUCCAGGAUCCGCCAAAUUGUCCCAGGCCCAGUAACAUGGCCCAUUCCCAGCACAUCCUGCCGGUGCUGCUGCCUGCUACCCUGUGUGAGCUCCCGCCCGCUGCUCAUCCUCCCCUGGCAGCGGGGCCCACCGCGCCGCUACCAGCCAUAGCAUCAGGUCUGCCGCCCCGGCUGUACGGCCCGUUCCUCCUGCUGCCCCUCGGCUUGACGUGCUCCAGAGAGGAUGUUCCCCCGCGGCACCUCGUCCGCCCAGCGUGGCCACAAGGCGGGUUUCUAAGCCCCCUUCAGCAGCUGGUUAGUCAUCAGAAUGGCCAGACCGGGGCAGCCCCGGGGGCCUGCUAGCCCAGGAUCCUGCCUUCAGCUGGGUCAGUGCCAGGGGCUUGAAGAGAACAGGGCAACGUGGACUGAUCUGUUCUCUGGCGUCCAGCCCCAGCUUUUGGCAAGCAGGCUGAGGCCCCUCAGAACAUGGGGUUGUGUCCCUGCCCAUCCUGGCUAAUCGCCAUUGAGGGACCUACACAUCAGGAACUGAACCUUGUUACAGCCUUGGCCUUUGCCAUCCCCCGGCAGUGAGUUCCACAGGUUGAGUGGUGGGUGACAAAUCUCUUCCUUUUGCUUGUUCUGAACUGGCUACCUGUUAAUUGUUCAUUAGGGUGGGUCCUGUGUGGGAGGAUUUCCUGUUUUCAUCUAGCCUAGCUUUUUUUCAUUAAUUAUAUUUCCGUUCAAUUUUU